ACGUUUAGUGGACGGCGUGUGGCUGGCUGUGAAUGCCAAUUUUUAUUAUUCCAGCAUCAAGAAAAUGUGAAUAGAACUGCAAGUUUGACAAGUUCAAGAUCGUUUAAGAUCAACGUUUCACCAGAGAAAAGCCCAUUAAAUAUACAGCCAUGCCAGUUGAAGUUAUCCCGACCGUUACAGACGAAGAUGUCGGUGGGAACAAACAGGAGGAUGGCGAUGCCGACGAGGCAGCUCGUAAUGCGGCGUCGAGUAAACCGAUGAUGGGCAUCAUUUAUCCACCACCAGAGGUCAGAAACAUUGUCGACAAGACGGCUGGCUUUGUGGCAAGAAAUGGCCCGGAAUUUGAACAUCGGAUCCGACAGAACGAAAUCAACAAUGCCAAGUUCAACUUCUUGAACCAUGGCGACCCGUACCAUGCCUACUUCAGACACAAGGUGCAGGAUUUCCUGGAGGGCAAGGCCCAAGAACCACUAGCGGCUCCAGUCAUAACCAAGAUUCCUUCUCUAGUAUCGAAGUCAGUGACCCAAGCUCUGGAGAGUUUGAUCCUUAAAGAGGCACCACAAGAACCGGAGUUUGUUGCCGAUCCACCUACCAUCAAUGCUUUUGAAUUGGACAUUGUGAAAUUAACAGCCCAGUUUGUUGCUCGCAACGGUCGGCAAUUCUUGACGAGUUUGAUGAACAGGGAGCAGAGGAAUUACCACUUUGACUUCUUGAGACCUCAGCACAGCAUGUUUACUUACUUCACCAAGUUGGUUGAGCAGUAUACUAAGGUUUUGAUCCCGCCCAAGGAGCUACUUGGCAAGCUGCGUUUUGAUUCAGAGCAGUCUCAGAGUGUAAUGGAGGCAGUGAACUACAGAGUCCAAUGGGCAAAGCAUCAAGAAGCACAACGCAAGAAGGAAGAAGAGGAGAGAGAGAAAGAACGAGUGUCCUACUCCCAGAUUGACUGGCACGGCUUCGUGGUGGUGGAGACAGUUGACUUCCAGCCUGGGGAGCAGGGCAACUUUCCUCCGCCUUUACGCCCCGAGGACAUCGGGCGACGUAUCCUAGCUGAGAAGAGAUAUGAACAGUUUGGGGAGUUGGAAGAAGAAGAGGAUGUUGAGAUGGAGGUUGAAAGCGGUGAUGAGGAGGACAGUGAGAAGGAGGAUGGAAAAGGGAAAAACAAGAAGAAGAAAGACACACCCAGUGCCACGCCCAAAGAGAAGACGACCACACCCGCUGAUCAGAACACUGAAGUACAAGAUAUGGAUGAAGGGGAUUCUGAUAUGGAUGAGAGUGAUGAAGAAGAAGACGGUCGUCGUUUGACGAUGUCGCCCCCUCCUCUCCCAUCCAUCCCUGGCUCAGCCGUACCGCCCCCGCUUCCACCUCAGCUAGGAGAGGUUCAGAUCAGGAAAAAUUACGAUCCUAAAGCACCGAAGCAAGUCACAGAGUCUGAGGAGAACUACUUGAUCUCCCCCAUCACCGGUGAGAAGAUUGCGUCCAGUAAGAUGGCAGAACAUAUGCGCAUCGGAUUAUUGGAUCCUCGCUGGAUAGAGCAGCGAGAUCGCCAGAAGGAGAAGCAAGCCCAGGAGGAGGUCUUCGCUCCGGGCAUGGCCAUCGAAGAAAGUCUGAAGCUUCUCGCCGAGAGACGUACGGAUAUCUUCGGAGAGGGUGAUGUGGAGACACAAAUCGGUAAAAAGCUGGGUGAAGAGGAUGAUACUAAGACCAAACAGAAGGUCAUCUGGGAUGGUCACUCGGCAAGUAUGGAAGCCACAGCACGUAAAGCCCAGGCCAAUAUCACCAUAGACGAACAGAUCGCUGCUUUGCAUAAGGCACAGGGUUUAGUACCAGACAAAGAAAAGGAGAAAAUCGGCCCCCAGCCGGUGUCAAACAAGGGCAAGCCCCUCCCGCCCCGCCCUGCGAUGCCCAAACAGCACCCGCAGGCCUCAAUGCCGAUCCCUCCGCCCCCGCAGCCGCCCAAAUCAUCCGCCCCACAACACAUGCAGUACCAACCCCGUAUGCCCCUCCAGCCGCCCGGUAUGCCCCUAAUGCAGAGGGGGUCCUUGAUGCAGAUGCCUCCACGGCCCCCUAUGCCGCCCAGGAUGCCUCAGCCCCCGGUCGGGAUGCCCAGGAUGGGAGGCGGACUCCUGCCGGGACCGCCGCUUCGCUUCAUGAACCGAGGUCCUGGAAUGGGUCAACCCAUGGGUGGAAUGGGUAUGCCAGGGGGGCCACCCAUGCGCCCGGGUCGACCCAUGCCUCCUGGGGUGGAUAUCCCCGAGCCACCCAUGAAGAAACAAAAGACCGAGGAGAGUCUCAUGCCAGAGGAGCUGUUCAUAGCUAGAAAUAAGGGUCCAGUAUCGUUCCAGGUGAUGGUACCUCCGAUGCCGGAUAAGCCUGAAUGGAAGUGCAGCGGUCAAGCCCUUCAGAUGACCCUACCACUGACCGAUACCAUCUCGGUUAUUAAGGCCAAGAUCUUCGAGGAGACUAGCAUGCCGGCAGGGAAACAGAAGUUGCAGUUUGAUGGGUUAUUCGUGAAGGAUUCAAAUACGCUGGCGUUUUAUAAUUUUGGCAACGGAUGCACCUUGCAGCUCGGUCUCAAGGAAAGAGGAGGGCGUAAACGCUAAACGAGCAAUGGACGUCCUUUUCCAGCUAGCUGCGCCCAAUUUCAUAUAGCUUGUAAGCACAGAAACUUGCUUAGCACUAAAAUUACUUGCUUAGCAAAAAAAAGGUUACUAGCCGGAACACCAUACAGUAACCGUUGCCUUGACUGGUACCACAGCCAUUUCUUGCUCAGCAAAGACAUGUGCUAAGCAGAAAUUUCUGCUUAACAGCUUCAUGAAAUUGGGCCAAGUCCACAAAGGAUUGGGAACAAAGUAACCCAUAAACUCCCUGACUGGUCACAGAACAAUGUACCUGGAAUGUCCAGUGCCUUUAUUAUAUUGGUUUUGUUUGUAUUAAAUUUUUGUUUACUAGGUUUUUUUAGGUUUGGGGUC